GAGAUAGGCGGCGUUUUCGAUGACCACACUGAUCAAAACGAUCGGGUGUUGUUUAUUAUGUAUGAAAGAAAGAAAAAGUCAGCAAACAAAGCAACUCAGUCUGACUAAAAAUUAAAAAUAAAAAAUUAAGGAUAAUUAAAGGAACUAAAUAAAUGAAAAGGAAUAAAUGACAGGAAAUUUACUUGUCGUUGUAUUCGAACCCACGACCUCGCAGCUUGCUUAAUCCGCAAUACAGCCAUCUCACAGUGUAUAAAUACAUAUGUAUGUGGACAAAAUUCAUUCGCGGAUUACUUAAAAAUCGGGACUUAUUAACAUAAUGUUAUGCGCAAAGCCCUACUGAAAAGUUUUUAAUGUCCUACUUUCUACUGUGGGUUUUGGCAGUGUUCAAAAAUUAAUUCAUAAUCUUUCUGAAGUUCAAAAAUAUUUUAGUUGAUUUUUCAUACUUUUAUUAAACCUCUUAUAGAAGCGUGUAAUUUUCUGUAAAUUUGUAAUAAUGGAUCUUAUUCGUAGUUCGUAUUUUGGAAAUAGGGUUCGAAAAUAUGAAGACAAUUGUAUUUUUUUUUUUAAUAUUACUUUACACUUUUUAAGGACCGAAAGUAACAGCCCGAUGAAGGGUAGGUUUUGAAUAUAUCCUAGCAACAUUACUAUUGUCUUUAAAAAAUGCACUUUAUACAACGCAGAGGAAUAAAACUUUUUUUCCAGAGCGUAUUCAUCAAAUUACAAGUUAAGAAUUUUUUGAAGAAUGGAUGAAGAUCGAUAAACGUAAUUGAAAUGUUAACCUCUAUAGCUUUCUUAAGCCAAAAUUUAAGCUAUAUCUUUCCUAUACCCCGUCCAAAAUCGCAAGUUUUUUAUAGAAUUAUUUUAAUGUGUAAAUAACUUAAAAAUAUACUUAUUUGAAUGCGGAAAAAUUGUGGGAGACAAGUAACGAGCAUUCCUGAAUUGUAUAUCCUUUUAUUCCAAGUGCUUGGAAAAUUGUUGGAAGGGCUUUGGAUCCCUACACUUAUGUUAUACACUCAGCACCGUCGCGAGGGCGGAAAUAUCUAGAACACUUUUAUGCCAUUAUCCCGUAAGGGGUGAUUCGGGGAUUAAUUGAUCUCCUAUAAUACUUGUAUGAUUUGAGACUAAUUAAUGCCGAAUUGUAGUACCUCGAGGUCUAAUCCGCGAAUCCUCUCUUUAGAGAAUAGCCGCACAAUUUUUGGCUGGGUAACGUUUGAGUAUGUGUUUGGAUAUAUCGCAAGACCUUUCUGUUUGUGUUAAGAAUAUUUCGAUGUUUACUGUGCGCCUAAACGCGUGCUAUGACAUGGGAUAUGCUGUUAUGGAAACGUUGUUGACCGCCCACUUUUUUGCUGCAAUGGACUGCAUGUGUUUUUUACAAGAAAUUGAUGCGAUUUUAAUUGAGUGUUAUAUUCGUUUGGCAUAAAACAUAGCGAGAAAUAGAUUUAUGGUAAGCGAGAAACGCAUUUCGUGUUAAAAAUCAGACUAAAGCGGACACAGAAAACAGAGAGAAAACUUUCAGGUGAAAAUUCAAAAAUAAAUAAAUUAAGGAAAAGUAGUAAACAGAUGAAGAUAUGUAUAUUAUAUUUUGAUUUGAUAAAGGUACAUUUUCUUCGUCUGUUUGAAGGUGGAGAUCCAAGACCUCAUAAUGCCAUACGCAUAGUGUGCUCGUAAUUUUUUUCUCUUAAGUAAAAAAGUUUAUCAAUUUAAAAUCAUUUUUGGACCUUAUAUCUACAACUUCGAACCGAUAUGAAAAAAUCGUAACCAACUUUUACAACUACUGUGCAUAUUUUGACCACCUUAAUGAAUGCACUUUGUAGUCGCUUUUUGAGUGUUUAAAUGAAAUAAACUAAAUAAAUUUUAAGUAAAAAUCUAUAUUACUUGUAUAACACAGCACUAUGGGCGCUGCAAAGCUAAGACUCAAUGACAUCGACCAGUCCGUAUCGCCAUUUUAUGCUGCGGUCAAGCGUACUUGGAAGGAAUUUUGUACUUGCAGCAGCAUACAUGGAUUAAAAUAUACGCAAGAUAGGGAUACAGGCAAAUUGGUGCGUUUCGUUUGGCUGCUCAUUACUCUAGCUAUGCUCGCCUGCGCCAUUACAAUGGUAAUCACAUUUUAUCUCGACUAUCGCAGCAAUCCGACACGCAUGAGUAUUGAAAAGGAUACCGCUCCAGUUGAGAGUCUAACCUUUCCAGCGGUAACCAUCUGUCCUGAAGUAUUAUAUAAUGUUGCACAGACAAAACGAUAUCUAGAGGCGUUUAUCACACAAAUAAUUAUAGAUGAUUUCCACAGAAACCUCCCCUCCGGUUCCAAUAUUACUCAAAUUUUGAACUCCUUGAGCAUUAUGUAUGGCUUCCUAAAUGACGACAAUAAGCCUAUUACUGGGUAUAUUGAAUUGCUACAAACAUUGAUAGACUUGAAUAACAUAACUAUUCAGGAUUUCAUUGGAAAUUUGCAAUGGAAAUGUGAGGAUAUAUUUUUCCGCUGCCGUUUUCAACGGCAAUCUGUGGAUUGUAUGCAGAUCUUCCAAAGAUCACGCACCGUUUUUGGCUAUUGUUGCUCAUUCAAUCUCAACCUAGAAGGGUAACCCAGUCUCAACUAUACGGGCGCUCACACACGUUCAGGUCUCUACGAUGGUCUUUCCAUAAUACUUCAUCAAAAUGGCACUGGAUAUGAUGUACAAGAAAACUCAGUUGGCUUCAAGGUGCUGAUCACUGAAAACGAUGCAUUUCCCAGCGCUGGUUCUAUUAUUAAAUUCGUAUCACCGAAACAAGAAAAUUUUCUGGGUAUUCGCCCGAUAGAGACUUAUUGCUCAUCGGCUGUUAAACAGCUUUCGAUAGAAGAGCGUCAAUGUGUACUACCGCAUGAGUUUACACUCAAAUAUUUUGCAAGAUAUGCCGGCAACAAUUGUGAGGCGGAAUUCCGUGCGCAAAAUAUGAUUGAAACAUGUGGUUGUCUUACGUUUUUCUUUUACUCAAAUCGUACAGAGCAACGUGUGUGUUCUUUCAAAGAUAUCCCGUGUUUGGUGAGCAAUUUUGGAUCUAUAAUAGGGAGAUUUAAUGCUUCGAGCUCGCUUUGCCCGAAUAGUUGCGAAUUAAUGGAUUUUAAUGUGGAACUGACGAAUUCGGAGCUAUGGAUAGAUGUCCCAACGGUGGAUGAAUUCUACAAAGGUAUUCAAAGCAAUCAUUCCGUAGUUCAUAUCUUCUUUAACAGUCAAAUAUAUCGGCGUUUAAGGCGAUAUCAUCUCUCAAAUAUGCUGGCUCUGAUUUCUAAUUUGGGCAGUGCCUUCAGUUUAUUUGUUGGUAUAAGUUUGAUAUCAAUAGUUGAAAUUUUCUACUACCUAACUGUCAUAUUGAGAAAGUUCUACAUACAAGAGGUAAUGACACGUAAAAGGCUGCGCGCAAUAAAACUAAAACACAGUUGGUAAAAUAAAAUUGUGAAUGCGCAAAUAUUCAGGAUUUCAACUCGAAAGCACUUACGAUCUAUACAAUGACAGCUUAAACUCCUAGUUGUUCUAAAAGUUUCGAUAAACAGUAAUUUUAAAAUAAAGACAAAAGCUAGAAUUCCAGUUCUUUAUUUGGUUCAGAUAAAAAAAAAAAAACAGAUUCAAAGUUCAUUUCAAAUUUUAGUUUGUGAAGUUUAAAACGAAACUAACCAAGUAAGAUACAAAAUCAAAGUCAAAAUAUAAGUCAAAAGUCCCAAGUUGAAAUUAAAGUCAAGGCAAGCUUUAGUAUAAGUACAAACAGUACUUAGUAAGAGUACAAAUAAAAAUACGACCUCAAAGAAAAGAUCUUUAAAUUAAAAAUUAAAGUCAAAAUCUUACUUAAAGAUAGUUCCAUGGUCAAAGUAAAAGUCGACCCAAAAUUCGCGGAAUGAAAUUCGAAGUAAACUCGAAAUUAACAUCAAAAUUUAUUACUUAAAAAGUCAAAAUCCGAAUCAAUUUCAAUUUGAAACGCAAAGCAGAAUUCGAAGUCCAAUCAGAGUUAAAAUCAAAGCCAAGUCAAAUUUGAGAACAAAAAUACGGAGAAAAUUCCAAAGCUGAAUUCGAAGUCCGAAGAGAGUCAAAAUAAAAGUUAAAUCAAAGCUUACGACUUAAACUAGGAAAGAAUACUUUACGUCAAAAUCAAAAUCGGAAUCUAAGUCAAAAUCUUAUUUAAACCUAAAGAGCAGAGUUAACUUCUCCCGCAUGUAUUUAUGUUAAAAUCGAAGUCUAAACUAAAGUCAUAUCAAAACUUAAUUAUAAGUAUUGAAGUAAAAGUUUGAGUAGAAAUCAUGACCGACAUUGUUUAGUCGAAGUUCAAAUGAAACUAAAAAAAUCAAAAUUU